GUCAUUAAACUGAUCAUUUAACGAGUCGUUUUCACUCAGUGGCAGACGCUGUACCCACGAAAGAACAAUCGUGCUCUGACAAUUGGUUAAUUUCAUAGUCGCUGUGAAGGGAUUAACCGUGUGCGCUGCCAUAUGUACACACGAAAAGUAGCUUGAUGAGUGUCCAAAGUAGUGGAAGUUUGGAGGGGACGCCAUCUUGGUCCCAGCUCUCCACGUCCCCCACACGGACUGUGUUUCAGCAACAUACCACUGCUGUGGUGAAGGCCCGGGAAGGCACCAUGGAGGAGCUGCACAGCCUGGACCCCCGGAGACAGGAGCUGCUGGAGGCACGUUUUAUGGGUGGGGUCAGUGGCAGCACAGGGGGCAGCACUUGCAGUGCAAGUGGGGGAACCAAAGGUUUGACCAAUAAUGAAUGUUCCAAUCACAGUUUUGGAAGUUUGGGAUCUUCGAGUGAUAAGGAGUCAGAGGGUUCCGAUGUUAAAAGGGGCAGUUCGCCAGCUUACUCGACCCCAGAAAAGAAACAAUCUGAAACUACAAGAGGUAGAAAAAGGAAACCUGAGAUCCAAUCAGAGAGCAGCCAAGGAAAAUCAAUUGUGCGAGGACCCAAAAUAAGUGAUUAUUUUGAUUUCCAGGGAGGAAAUGGGUCCAGUCCUGUGAGAAGUCUCCCACCAGCGAUUCGCUCGCCCCAGAACUCACAUUCCUACUCCACUCAGGGUUCUGCUGUUAGACAAAACAGCUCAUCUCCUACUAGUUUGUCUUUUGGGGACCACAUAAUACAUCCAAAGCAACUAGCAGUCAAAUUUGUUCAGACUGACCUUACCGUGUUGAAACUGGCUGCCCUUGAAAGCACUAAGAAUCUCGACCUUGAGAAAAAAGAGGGCAGAAUAGAUGAUUUACUAAGGGCAAACUGUGAUCUCAGGAGACAGAUAGACGAACAACAAAAAUUACUUGAAAAGUACAAAGAACGCUUGAAUAAAUGCAUCACCAUGAGCAAGAAGCUGCUUAUAGAAAAGAGCACCCAGGAGAAGCAAGCCUGCCGGGAGAAGAGCAUGCAGGAUAGACUACGUUUAGGCCAUUUCACUACAGUGAGACAUGGAGCCUCAUUCACAGAACAAUGGACAGAUGGCUAUGCCUUCCAAAACCUUGUGAAACAGCAAGAGCGGCUAAACCAACAGAGAGAGGACAUCGAGAGGCAAAGAAAACUUCUAGCCAAGAGGAAACCUUCAUCCUCCAGCAACUCCCAAGCACUAACUACAAACUCAGAGCCAAAGCAACGUAAAACCAAGGCAGUGAAUGGAGCAGAAAACGAUCCCUUUCUAAAACCCAGCCUACCUCAGCUGCUGACACUAGCAGAGUACCAUGAACAGGAAGAGAUCUUCAAAUUGCGACUCGGACAUCUCAAGAAGGAAGAAGCUGAGAUUCAGGCGGAGCUAGAGCGUCUGGAGAGAGUGCGCAACCUUCACAUUCGGGAGCUGAAGAGAAUAAAUAAUGAAGACAGUUCACAAUUUAAAGAUCACCCCACAUUGAAUGAACGAUAUCUGCUCCUGCACCUUCUAGGGAGAGGGGGUUUUAGUGAAGUUUACAAGGCAUUCGACUUGAUUGAACAACGGUAUGCUGCUGUGAAAAUCCACCAACUCAACAAAAAUUGGAGAGAAGAGAAAAAGGAGAACUACCACAAGCAUGCAUGUCGAGAGUACAGAAUACACAAAGAGCUGGACCAUCCCCGAAUUGUGAAACUUUACGACUACUUCUCGCUGGAUACAGACACAUUUUGCACUGUUAUGGAGUACUGCGAAGGCAACGACUUGGAUUUCUACUUGAAGCAGCAUAAGCUAAUGUCUGAGAAGGAGGCACGGUCUAUAGUCAUGCAGAUUGUGAACGCACUAAAAUACCUGAAUGACAUAAAACCACCGAUCAUCCAUUAUGACCUUAAGCCAGGUAAUAUCUUGUUGGUGGACGGCACGGCCUGUGGGGAAAUCAAAAUCACCGACUUUGGUUUGUCAAAAAUCAUGGACGAUGACAACUAUGGUGUGGACGGGAUGGACCUGACAUCACAGGGUGCAGGCACCUAUUGGUACUUGCCCCCUGAAUGCUUUGUGGUUGGUAAAGAACCUCCGAAGAUUUCCAAUAAGGUGGAUGUGUGGUCUGUGGGUGUCAUCUUUUUCCAGUGUCUGUAUGGAAGGAAGCCUUUUGGCCACAACCAGUCACAGCAAGACAUCCUGCAGGAAAACACAAUACUCAAAGCCACCGAUGUCCAGUUCCCUGUCAAGCCUGUUGCUAGUAAUGAAGCAAAGGCUUUCAUAAGGCGGUGCCUGGCAUACAGGAAGGAGGACCGGAUCGACGUUCACCAGCUUGGAAGUGACCCCUACCUGCUCCCUCACAUUCGGAGGUCAAGCUCCUCUGGAAAUCUGCAGAUGAGUGCUGCUGGCUCAGGACCAGCGUCCUCCAGUAUCAUCUCAUACUGACAGCAUUGAACUCAAACUGACCAGGUUGCUCCGGCGCCUGCAAUGGCUCCAGCUUGUGGAAUAAGCGACAGGCAGAAAGAGGAGAUUCAUGUGGUGAGAUCUCACCUGACAUCCUCAGACCUGUGCCAGGCUUUUUUUCUACUUCUUCACCAGGACGAUUAAAGGAGAGACAGUGUAGGGAGUUUUUUUUUUUUUUUUUAAAGGACAUGGGUAAGAGGAUCUUUAAAUGGUCCGACGAAAAGCACUGAAACUGACAACGUACCUUGAAGAAAAUGUGACUGUACACGCUGUUCAGAUGUUGCAGAUGGAUAAAGCCUUAAAGAGCCUAAAGGAAACUUGGCAGCCUGCCGUUAAGAUUAAAUAACAUGGUCCUGCCAGGGUGCAAAUGAUUCAGCUGCUAGAAGUUAAUAUACUGUGAGGAGAGGACGGUCGUCGUUAAGUAGUACAAAGAUUUCACUGUUUAUUUGGCUAAAUGUUUUUUUGUUUUUUUCCACAACUAUUAGGCUUUAAUUUGAGUUACGUAGCCAAGGGAAUGUAAUGUGUAGCAUACAAGUGGCAUUUAGUGACAUGUAGGUUGGGACAUCAUACUUCAUACAUUAAAUGCACAAAUUAACCAAAUGUAGAAAAUGUAUAAAAGCCUAUGCAGGAAUAUUAAUUAACAUAUGGAUUGGAAACUGUAUAUGUUGUACAGGUGAAUUUUCAAUUUUUGAGCUGCAGCAGAACCAUGUGCAAAAACUUAAAAUUUCCUCCUAAUGUUAAAACUAGUUUCCUGAAGUGGUUUCAUUUUGCUGCUUUGUUGCUCUUACUUUUUCAAGGGCUCUAUGUUCCACUUUGGGUAUAAAUUGUACAGUUCUGCUAAGAGUGAAUAAUAAAUGCCAGGAAACCUUUUUCUCCCAGUGAA